AUGAUGGAAGGGAGAGAUGCCAGACGCGACCUGGAGUCCGCCCUCAGCCAGGACUCGGAUAUGCCGUUUAACCUGGCGAUGCUGUCCCUCACCGAGCUCCUCGGCCUGGGGGGGCUGCUGGGGAACGGGGCGGUGCUGUGGCUCCUCAGCCGCCAUGUCUACAGGAACCCCUUCUCCAUCUACCUCCUGGACGUGGCCUGCGCCGACCUCCUCUUCCUGGGCUGCCACAUGGUGGCCAUGGUCCCCGACCUGCUGCCCGGCCGGCUGCACUUCCCGUACCUGCUCCAGGCCUCCCUGAGCACGCUGCGCUUCUUCUGUUACCUCGUGGGCCUGGGCCUCCUGGCGGCCAUCAGCACGGAGCAGUGUCUGGACGCCCUCUUCCCGGCCUGGUACCUGUGCCGCCGGCCCCGCUACCUCGCCACGUGCGUGUGCGCGCUCACCUGGGUGCUCUGCCUGCUGCUGGACCUGCUGCUCAGCGGCAGCUGCACCCUGGUCUUCGGGGCGCCCAGCGGCCGGCUGUGCGGGGCGCUGUGGCUGGCGACGGCCGCGCUGCUGGGGGCCUUGUGCUGCGUGCUGUGCGGGAGCAGCCUGCUGCUGCUGCUGCGGACCGAGCGAGGCCCGCAGCGCGCCCAGCCCCGCGGCUUCCCCGCCCUGGUCCUGCUGGCCGCCCUCCUCUUCCUCUUCUGCGGCCUGCCCUUUGGCAUCUACUGGCUGUCCGGCAGCCUGCACUGGCGCAUCCCUCCCCAUUUCUACCACUUCAGCUUCCUCCUGGCCUCCGUGCACAGCGCAGCCAAGCCCGCCGUCUACUUCGGCCUGGGCAGCGCGCCUGGCCAGAGGCUGCGAGAGCCCCUCCGGCGGGUGCUGCAGCGCGCCCUGGGGGACGAGGCGGAGCUGGGGGCCCACAGGGACGCCUCCCGCAGGGGCCUCGUGGACAUCGCCGUCUGA